UGCAAUGUUGUACUCCAACAUUCAAAAAACCUUCUCACUUGAUCUUCAAUUUCAAACUCUUCUCAGAUAGUCGCAUUGCUCACUUUUAGAGCUCAGAAACCUCAAUAUUUUAGGAUGAAACUGAUGAUAUUCGUUAUUAUUAUUAACUCUGUAAGCGUCAGUGAAUGCUGGGAUUGUGGAGGUGGAUUUUUUACCAGAGGACUUGUCUUUAUUUUAGCUUCGCCGUCGUCGGAUAGAUACCAAAUUAACAAAAGCUGUAGUGUUCACGACAAUCAAUACGAUGUUAUCGAGUAUUAUGAAAGCAUAAGGAGAUAUCCGCCAUUUUAUCCAUUUGAUCGACGUGAAUCAGAUGCAGAAUUUACAAGAUGUUUGGAAAAAUGCCCUAGUCGGUACACACAAACUGUUGUGAGAUACGGAUACGACGCUAUGGUCUAUGUGAACAAAGUAGUGACGGAAACCUGGAACAAAAUUAAAAGAGCUUUUGGUUUUUAAAAUUAUUCAAUAACUGGUAUUUAUUUAUUUGUCACUCCUCGUAACUUAUUUCUUCAUUGUCAACACAUAGAUAAUUUUCAACUCAUUUUUUCGAUUCUAAAUAAACGAUUGAAAUACUGGCA